AUCAUCCACCUGAUUAUCCAGCGAUUUGAUUCUCAAGCGAACGCCGAAGCCAUGGGGAAACGAGGAGCAGAGGAUCAACUGACCAAGGACGACGUCGAGGGCUCGCGAGGUAGGGACUCGGAUGGAGACGAGAUCGAAGAGGUCAGGAAAGAUGCAUCACAGGAAGCACUAGCCGGCAGAAAGAUCCGAGGCAUGCCCAAGAGAAAGGCUCCAGUCGGACAGACGACGUCAACAGCGAGUACUGCUGGUUCGUCGGCCGGGUUCGGAUCUACAGGAAGCACGCCUACCGCAGCAACCUUCUCUUUCGGAGCUCCGGCUGCCAAUCCCACCUCGUCGACCUCGAACGCUCCGACCUUUUCGUUUGGUAGCACCAACACCAGCUCGAGUGCAGGACCGACCACCUCGGCCUUUCCUGCUCCGUCCGGACCUAAACCCUUCACUGCAUUCUCCUUUGGCGCUCCUCCACCGACUUCCACGCCUAAACCGUUCGGAUCGGCUCAACCCGCUGCAUCGGAAGCCGCCGCACACGCACCUGCUGCGACUCCGGCUAAAUCGCCCUUCGCCACCUUUAGCUUUGGGAAGCCCGCACCUGCAUCCGUCGCACCCACCGCUCCAGCAGGGGCGGCGGCUGCGGCACCAGCUUCGAUCCCAGCUCCAGCUCCUGUAGUGCAAAAGGAAGAUGCCACCAAGAAACCGUCCCCAUUCUCAGGCUUUUCUUUCGGAGGUGCGACUGCCAAGCCUGCAGCCCCGGCGGCGUCUGCAUCAACGGUGGCUCCUGCUGCUUCUCAGUCUGCAUCCUCUUCUUCUGCUCCAUCUUUCUCGUUCGGCGCACCUGCUCCCCUGCCUACGACAGUCGCUAAACCGACUGAAAUGGCGCCGACGCCUGUUCCAGCCCCUGUCUCGAAGCCGACUGAAACUUCGGCAAUUGACACCGAAGAGAAAUACCUCACCUCGAUCCGGGGCCUCAAUACGUCGGUCAUCCGCGCUCUCGAGGUCGCAUUGAAGCAAGACCCUUUCCUUGACCUAGGGGAAGCUUUGGAAAGGAUGAAAAAAGAAUAUAGAACGCAUUUGAGUGAGAUCAAGAAGGAGGCUGGAAAGCCCGUGGACCUCGAGGUUGAGCAAGCGGAGAAGACGGGUAUGGAAGUGGACAAGGUACCAGCUGUGACCGGAAAGGCGGCACCGGCCGCUCCCGCGAGCGCCGUAGUACAGCCACCCAAGGUUGGCGCGUUUACCUUGCCUGCACCUGCUGCCUCGACCUCGUCCGCUUCGGCAAUGACUGGUGGAUUCAAGCCGGCUGCGCCAGUGAUGGGAUUCUCUUUCGGUGGCAAGACAAUCGAUGUCGGUGCAAAGCCUGCUUCGGAGGGCGCACCGGCCGCCUCGCCGUUCGUGCCCAAACCUGUCGAGGAGAAGACGGCCCCUAAACCUCAGGCUACUACCGCCGCUGCUGCGCUGGUACAGGGAAUGCUGGACGAGCCGCCUGCUCCGGUCACCGAGAAGACAGACAAACCGCCAGCGACCCCUAGCUCCAAAACGCCUUCUUUCAGCUUUGGAUCCACCACUCCUACUGCAUCUCCCGCUCCUCCUACCUUGAACAAACGUUCCUCGGCCAUCUUUGCCAUCAAACCCGAAGUGAGAAAGUCAACUGGAGGAGAUGCAUCGUCGAUGGUCAUCCCGCCGUCAUCGGGAGGUUCCAAUCCGGUGCCGUUCAUCUUCAAGGCUAGCAACACUGGGUUCAACAUGGGAUCGAGCGGGGCAACUGCACCGUCAGCUUCGACCUCGACACCUGCGCCUGCUACUACCGCGGCUUCUGGAUUCAGCUUCAGUCCGGCCAAAGCGAGGCAGAGCUCGGCUGGGUUCAGCUUCGGAAAGGCCGAUAGCCAAACUCCUACAGCCGCGGCUGGGGACGCUUCCUCAGCCACGAAACCUGCCCCAUUCUCGUUUGGCGCGCCGGCAACUUCUGGCUUUUCGUUUGGAAAACCCGCUGAGACGGCAGCUGGCGGGGCCGGUGCCAGCAAAUCCGUACCCAGUUUCAGUUUUGGAGCGCCGCCUGCUGCUAGCGGGACCGCCACGAGCGCACCGAAACCUCCCGUCUUCUCCUUUGGCGCUUCGGCAGCUGCUAGUGGCAGCUCUUCACCCGCACCUGUGACAUCAACCGAGACUGAAGGUGCAGAACAGGCUGAAGGUAGUGACCCAGCCGCACAGUCUGCCAAUCUGACUACAGGUCAGGGCGAGGAGGACGAGGAGACGUUGUGGGAGAACAAGGCUCAGAUCGGGACGUUGACGACGAACGACGAGGGUAAAAAGGUCUGGACCGAUUGGCGCGUGUGUAAAGUCAAGCUCAAGCGGGAAAACAAGAAGGCAGGACAGGCGGAUAGUCAGCCGAUGAGAAGAUUGUUGAUGCGUGUGGAUCCGUCCGGUCAUGUGUAUCAGAACUUUUCGCUACGAUCGAUUCACACCAUCAUGCCGCUUGGUCCCAGCGGUGUUACGUUAUCAGUUGCCGACCCAUCGGGUGGACUGAAACAGAUCGGAAUGAGGGUCGGGAAAAAGACGGAUUCUUUUGAUCCGCAACCAGUCUUGCAAAAAUUCAAGGCCGCCAUCAAUACCGAACGACGGGCGAUGAAAUUGGGCGAGGUAUAGAGACACGUCGAGGACCAAAUCGGCCACUCUUUUGUACAAC